GCCGCCCCGCCCCGCCCCGCCCCGCGCCCCAGCUAUUUUGAAAGUGACCCCGGGCGGCGGGCGGCGGCGGCGGCACCAUGACAGAAGAUGACCGAGGCGGCGCUGGUGGAGGGCCAGGUCAAGCUGCGGGACGGCAAGAAGUGGAAGACUAGGUGGCUGGUGCUGCGCAAGCCGUCGCCCGUGGCAGACUGCCUGCUGAUGCUGGCCUACAGGGACCGGGCGGAGCGCGCCAAGGGCCUGCGGGAGCGCAGCAGCCUGACGCUGGAGGACAUCUGCGGCCUGGAGCCCGGCCUGGCCUACGAGGGCCUGGCCCACACGCUGGCCAUCCUGUGCCUGUCACAGGCCAUCAUGCUGGGCUUCGACAGCCGCGAGGCCAUGUGCGCCUGGGACGCCCGCAUCCGCCACGCCCUGGGCGAGGUGCACAGGUUCCCCGUGACGGUGGCGCCGGGCACCAAGCUGGAGAGCGGCCCUGCCACCCUGCACCUCUGCAAUGACCUGCUGGUGGUGGCCAGGGACGUGCCCCCGGCCGUGGCGGGCCAGUGGAAGCUGUCGGACCUCCGGCGCUACGGGGCCGUGCCCAACGGCUUCAUCCUGGAAGGCGGGACCCGCUGUGGCUACUGGGCCGGCGUCUUCUUCCUGUCCUCCACGGAGGGGGAGCGGAUCAGCUUCCUGUUCGACUGCAUCGUGCGAGGCAUCUCCCCGAGCAAGGGCCCCGCCGGGCUGCGGCCGCUGCUCCCAGACGCGGGCGCCGGGGGAGCCGCCGCCGCGGAGGAGCGCGUGGCCCUGGAGGCGCUGGAGGCCCUGCAGCUGGAGAAGCGGCUCAGCCUGCUGUCCCACUGCGGCCGCCCGGGCAGCGGAGGGGACGACCGCAGCCUGUCCAGCUCGUCCUCGGAGGCCAGCCACUCGGACGUCAGCGCCGGCAGCCGGCUGGCCGCGUGGCCGGAGCAGUCCUCGUCCUCCUCCGCCAGCGCCUCGCAGGAGGGCCCGGGGCUGGCGGCCCCCGCGCUCGGGGAGGCCGCGCCGGGCGCGCCCCGGCCGCCGCCCCGGCCCCCGCGGCCGCGGCAGCUGCAGGAGCUGGGCCGCCAGGGCUCCUCGGACAGCGGCAUCGCCACGGGCAGCCACUCCUCCUACUCGGGCAGCUGCUCGUCGUGCGCGGGCAGCAGCCUGGACGUGUGGCGCGCGGGCGAGGAGCUGGGCUCGCAGCUCAGCCUGCCGCCCGGGGCCGAGCCGCGCCUGUGCGCCUGCGCGCCCGCCGCCGAGUACCAGGUGCCGGGCGCCCCGCGGCCGCACUACGACACGCCCCGCAGCCUGCGCCCCGCGCCCCGCGCCCCGGGCGGCCCCCCGCCCAGCCCGGCCCCCCGAGAGCCCUGGGAGGCGGGCGGCCUGCGCGCGGGGCCCCCGCCGGCUGUCUUCGCCCCGUGCGCGGCCUGCGGAGGACUCAAGGUAAAGCCCCCGCCCUGAGGCGGGCCGGCCGCCCGCACGUGCGGCCCGGGGGCGGGCGGGGGCGCCGGCACCGCGGGGACCCGCAGGACCGGGCGGCCCGCCUGGCGCUGCUGGACGUGCCUCUGGCCUGCGGGGCGAGGGGCGGGGCCCGCGGGGGAUGGGGCGGGGAGGGGCGGGGCCUGGCCCUGCGGGGGCCCAGAGGCACCCCCCGCCCGUCCGCUGCUGCCCGGACAGCCGGAACCCCCCCGCUCUGCUCGGCCGGGUCCCUCCCGGUCGCGCAGGCACCGCCUUGGUCAAGUCCCUCCGUGGCAGCUCCAGUCACACGUCCCGCCCCGGGACGCGAGCCCGAGAUAGCCUCGCUGUGCGCCCAGUGCAGGGCGAGCCUUCCCUUGUCCCGCUGCUCCUCGGACCCGGACCCGGACCCACACCCACCCCUCCAGCGGCCUGUCCGGUGCGGAGGAAACUGAGGCUCAGGAGGCACAGGGACUGUGGGACCGCCCUGGGCUCUCCCACCCCAACAGCCUCCCGACGGCCCGGCGGGCGGGUCCUGGAGCCUCCCAGGGCCCAACUGCCAAGGGGCGGGAAGGCGGCCGUGCGGGGCCUGUCCCUCUGCCCGGAGGGCCUGCCCCUCUGCCCGGAGGGCCGGGCCUGCUUGGGCCCUGGCGGCCGCUCCGCUGCUGCAUGGAGCCUGCCUGCCUGGCUGUACGUCCGCUCCGUUUCCGAGGCACCGAGCGGCCGGCCGGACCCACGAUCCUGGGCUCGGGGCGCCUGGUCCCUCCGGCCUCUCUGGCAUCCCGGCCCGUGCUGCUUCUCACGUCACUGUCGCGGAAGACGUUGUUGCUCUGACAUUUUUAAAGCCUGAGUUUGUAACGAGUUCUUACUUAGACCGGAAAUAAAACCUUCUUUUCCU